GCGUGGGAGCCACAAGUGUCAGCGAUCAGCGGGCGACACGCGCUGUUCCGCUCCCCCCACGGGUGCGAAAGAUCAGAAAUCUGUACCCUACAGACGAAGCCAGUUUUGAAAAUGGAAUUCCAGUUUGCACUCUUUUUCAUAGGGAUAAUUGCAUUUUCUGAUUCAGCCAGAGGCCCACCCAGAAUUGCUGAUAAAGUGAUCCACCGGCAGUCUGUGAGGUUAGGAAGAACCAUCAAGCUCUUGUGUCCGGUAGAAGGUGACCCCCCGCCUCUGACGAUGUGGAUGAAAGAUGGACGGACUAUCCAUAGCGGUUGGACAAGGUUCCGGAUCUUGCAGCAAGGACUGAAGAUCAAGGAGGUAGAAAGCGAAGAUGCGGGAACGUACAUCUGCAAGGCCACGAACGGCUUUGGAAGCAUGAAUGUAAACUACACCCUGAUUGUGAUUGAUGAUGCCAGCUCAGGGAAGGACAGCCCAGUGUCUGAAGGCUCCAAUGGAGAAUAUGAAGAUCAUUCUGGGAAGCAGUGGGCCCGGCCCAGAUUCACGCAACCUGCCAAAAUGAGACGGAGGGUGAUUGCACGGCCUGUCGGAAGCUCAGUCCGCCUGAAAUGUGUUGCCAGUGGCAACCCUAGACCAGAUAUCACCUGGCUGAAGGACAAUAAGCCCCUCACUCCUCAGGAGAUUGGGGAAAACAAGAAGAAGAAGUGGACAUUGAACUUGAAGAACCUAAAGCCUGAGGAUAGUGGGAAAUACACUUGCCGAGUGUUUAACAAAGUUGGCGAAAUCAAUGCGACAUAUAAAGUUGAAGUGAUCCAGAGGACUCGGUCCAAACCCAUUCUCACGGGAACGCACCCCGUGAACACGACCGUGGACUAUGGUGGGACCACGUCAUUCCAGUGCAAGGUCCGCAGUGAUGUCAAACCGGUCAUCCAGUGGCUGAAACGGGUGGAAUACGGCACAGAGAACAAGUACAACUCCACCAUUGAUGUCGGGGGGCAGAAGUUUGUUGUGCUUCCCACCGGGGAGGUCUGGUCCCGGCCCGAUGGCUCCUAUUUAAACAAACUGAUGAUAACUCGAGCCAAAGAGGAGGACGCCGGGAUGUACAUCUGCCUAGGGGCAAACACGAUGGGAUACAGCUUCCGCAGCGCUUUCCUCACGGUAUUGCCCGAUCCCAAGCCACCGAGUGCCCCUGUGGCCCCUUCCUCGGCUAGCAGCCUGCCGUGGCCGGUAAUCAUUGGUAUCCCCGCUGGAGCUGUCUUCAUCUUUGGGACGAUCCUCCUGUGGCUCUGCCAGACCAAAAAGAAGCCCUGCUCACCCCCAGCCGCAGCCCCCGUGCACAGACCACAGGCCAGAGACAGGAUCUGUGUCUCCCAGGGUCCUGACAAAGACUGCAUCUCCUCCAUAAACUAUGAGGAAUACGUAGCCCACCAGCAGCACUUGCUAUCCCAAGCGCCGGCAUUGGCUCCAGCCGUGGCAUCGAAAAUGUACCCAAAGAUUUACACAGACAUCCACACUCACACGCACUCACAUGUGGAAGGCAAAGUUCACCAGCAUCAGCACAUUCAUUAUCAGUGUUAAAGGGCAGCCAUAGACAGUAGCUUAUUGGUGCUUUUUUCCUCACGGUACCUCAGAACAGACUGCUUCGAGUCAGCUAGCACUGCCAGCAAAAGGCAAAGUGGACAGAGUAGUGAGAGAAAGAGAGAGGUGAUUUUGUUGUUAUUACCAUUAGGUUGUAGAAGAGAAAUAAUGAAGGAAUUCCCAAUGUCAGCACAAAGGUGGCCAUCUAAAACAACGGAAACUUGUCUGCAUGUAUAAAUCAAGAUGGCAACAGAUAAGGCAGGAAUCUGUGACAACCAGCACCACCUAUUCUGUUGCACUGCCAAAAAGAGGGAGAAGAAAAGGAAACCAUGAUGCUAUUGCAGUUGACUCUGCCUUUCCUCUGUUCCUGCCUCUGCCACAUGCCACCUGUUUUGGUGCAAGGUCCAUCACACUUCUUACCUUUGGGAAUGUACGUAGUGGCUGAAGCUAGAAAGUACCUGAGGUGUAAUGCCUAAGCACCAGGAAACUGUAAUCAGUUGAAACAUUCAGUUGCCCAAUUCCAAAAGAAAAAAAAAAGAACAGAAGGGUUUCUGGAAAACACAUUUCUAUUUACGACAUGAAACUUCAACUGCAUCUCGCCAGCAGUAAUUUUGCCUGACAGUUGGUGAUAACUUAGCUGGCUGGUUCCAUUUCUGCAAAUCAAGCGUAUUGUGUUUUCCCCAAGGGGGCAUUGCUCGAAGUCUUUAAAAAUGUUCCACUCACCCCAAUGCUAUGACUUAGUGCCACUGCCAGGAAGAAGGAAGGAAGGAAAUUGUACAAUGCAACUUUAUAUUUAUAUUUAAGAAAUAAUAAUUAAUAAUAAUAAUAAUAACUGAACUGCUGAAGGUCAAGAAAACAAAACGUUCUGCCCUUCUCUGAUGCCGCUAGCUGUGAUUUUCAAUCACAUGUUCAUGACUUACAGUGACAAGCUACUGGAUUAAUUGUGUCAAUAAAAAUAAAAUGAGCAAGUGGAAAAAAAAGAAAGCGAAAAAUAGCUGUUAAUGGAAGAAUGAAUUUGCUAAAUAUGCACCCAAGGUUGUGUGUGUUUUUUCUUUCCAAAUAAUGUUUUGCAGUUGAUUCAAAUAAUCUCAUUUCAAUUUCAUGAGAGGAAGGACGGAAGAAAGAAAGGAAGACCGUAUUAAAUACCUAUAUGGACUAGAAAUGAAUUCAAUCACAAAUAUAAAGCCUUUGUAAUUCUAUAUAGAGUUUAAACAGAAGUCAUGUAUAUUUAAUUUAUUUUGUUAAACAAGAAAAAAUGUAUGAUAUUUUCCUUGAAACAGGCAUUUCUAUACGUAUUUUUGAUCAAAGAAAAUAAAGAUGAAUUGUGGCUUUUCCCAGGUUCUCAUAGGUGCCAUGCUCCAAAUAUUAGCAAUGUAGCAUAUAACAGUACUUUAUUUAACCAAAUUGAAAGUUAUAUGUUUGUAUGCAUUUUUACAAUAGCCAUGUGUAAAUUGUUCUAGAAGCAUCUCUGGCACAGCAGGUGCCAUCAUCUUCAAUAGAAACUGCUCUUUUGUGCUGGUUUUAUAAUCUGUUUGGAAAGUUUUGCUGUGGAUUGAUCACUGCCUCUACAUCUUAUGUUAUCCGGUCCCCAUUAACAAAGAUCUCAGACCUCAAGAAAACGUGUUUCACUGUUUAUUGAAAAAAUUGGUUUAAUUUUUUUUGGUUAACAUUACAAGAAGUGAACUGGAGACCUGUGAUAUACCUAAUAAUGCCUUUAAAAUGUUUAAAGUGGACUGUUCCUAAGUAUUUGAGUCCAUCAAAUAGACUUCUAUCUUUGAGUGUUUGGGGGAGGGGAAAAAAUUGUAAGUCGGGGCACAAAUUAUUUGAUUCCAAACAGCAGUUGUAGAGCAUUAAACAUUCAGUAGUGAUGAAAUUCACCACAGCAAAGGGAGCCUGAAUAAGCCUUCGCCCUCUGUACUUUUUAAGCCCUCUUUUUAAAUGUAUGGUUCAGUCCUGCCAGAGGCCAAGUACUCUGGCCUUGAACCACCAAAGAACGUAACUUUAUAGAUAUAGGACCCAAUGUACUGAAGUUAAUGGGGAUUUUUCCAUUGGCUUAAGCAUCAGUCCAGUCAGACUCACCAGCAGUCCUAUUGAGGUAGAUGGGGAAUAGUCAGAUACUUAAUAAUCAGCCCCGUUUUAUAUGCUUUGCUGGUCAGGGCCAGAGAACUCAGCAUCUGACUAGCUGGAGCCUGGAAGCAUUGUUGAGGGCCUUUUGAGGGUCCUCUGCAUUGGUGUGAAUUUUACCACAAGCUUUGUAAUAACACAGCAAGGGUGUAUUGUGCAUUUGUUCCCUGUGUUGCAUUCCUAUUGGCUGCAAUGGUAGUGGAAUGACUGCAGAUUUUUAUGCCCCUUGUUUUGUGCACACUGUAGACCAGGGGCGGACAAUAAUUUUAGACCAGGGGCUACUUCACUAAUUUUUGAAGUGGCCCUGGGCCACCCUGGAAGGGGCUGGGCCUAAUGUGGAAGGGGCAGGGCCAGGACACUUCUGGCUUCCCCGCCCACAGACCCUGUUUGGCCUGGGGGUGGUGGAGCGUAUGAAGUCUUUGCCUGCAUCUAGAGAAAACUGCCAGUUGUUCUGAACAGCUGGCGGUUCCCUCUAAGCACUUGCACCCAUGACAGUGGGAGGAGACUUUGUGCUCUUCCCCCGACCCUCAGGUUGAUCAGGGCCUGGUGCUGGGAGGAGCAAGGGAAAUCUCUCGCUCCCUGCCCCACCCCUGCAAGGGGCGUGUGGUGCUGAGAGUGGACCACCAGCUGGUGGUUCAUUCUAAGUACAACGCACCCCUUGCAGGGCGAAAGAAGACUUUGCGCCCUCCCUGCCCCCACCCUGCAAGGAGUGCACAGUGCUUAAAGUGGACCAGUCCAUUCUGUGUCGUGCAUCCCUUGCAGGGCAGGGAGUGAGGCACUUUGCGUGCGCCUUCUGCCCCCAAGCCCUGAUGGCCUGGGAGUGGGGUAGCUGCAGGGCAUCCACAGACCGGAUCCACCUGCUUGGUGGGCCAGAUCCAGCCUGCGGAGGCCCCUUUGCCCACCCUUGCUGUAGACAGUCUGUCAAGUCAAACCUUCACUCCGUUAGAGGAGAAACUAGACAAGCUUGGAUUCCAUAUGGCUAUAAAGUUAAAGUCACUAAUUUCAGCUCUUGGAUGUUGGUGCAUAAUGCCAUUGGUUUCAGCAAGCAUCGCACAUGAGCAUCUGUGUGCGUAAGUGGGAUGUUGUAAGCACUGCUUUAACCAAGAGUUGCUAAUGUCUGCAGGUUACUGGGUGAGACGUCCACACAUAGAAAAGUUUCUGUGCAUGGUUUCUGUGUACACCAGCUAUCUUAUAACCAGGGCUCACCGAACUGUGGCGAGCCCUGCUCGCCAGCCGCACUGUCCGGCGAUCUGCGCAUGCCACGGGCGAGUAGAUUGUAUAAUUUGUUGAGCCCUGCUUAUAACAAAUCAGGAAAUUGGUAUUUCCGUGAGAGGCUGUAAUGGCUGUAGCAGAAAUGUCACCAUCUAUUGUGUCUACCUCUCAUACAAGUCUAUGAGAUAGUUGGUAUUUUUACUGCCAUAACCAGCCCAAAAACGAAGGCACAUUGGAGCAGUGUUGAAGGCACAAUACAAAAUUCAGAGACAGUUCUUCCAAUACUUUUCAUGCUGGGGUGCUGUAGGCAGGGAAUGCAGGGUGUUGUUACCUGUCAACAUGCUGCAAUAGUUUUAAUCACAAUAUUUUAAAAGGAAAAAAGGAUUUUUGCGCAAAAAGAAAACGUUCACACUGCGUGUUUUUGCGCAAAAACCCCUAGCAAGCAAACAAAUCGGCAGAAAACAUGCAAAUGAGAUUGCGAAUCAUGCAAAUGAGUCCCUCAUUAGCAUAUUGUUUGCUGAGAAUACUCGUAGUGUAGACAUAGCCUAAGUGAACCACACGAAACUGCCCCAUGGCAUUGCCAAGAUGGCAGUAGUAACUCUACCAGGGAGUGACUGAUUAUUUUUAACUAACUAAUGGCAGGAUAUUUUCAAAGAUCCAUGACCCAUCCUCAAUAGUGUUCUUCUCUCCAUUGCCCCUCUCUGCCCCUUUUCAUUUUGGUGCUUCAUCAUCUUUAAUGGAUCGAAAAACUUCAAAAAGUUGCCAGUUGGUCCAAAUGGAGGGAUUAUCUUUUCCAUCUUGGAAAUAGACCUUCACCAAGUGCCCUUCAAAGCUCCAGUCUUCCAAAUACUAGUUGUGAGGAGAGGGGUUAUAGGUUUAAAAAAAAAAUUAAGGAGGUCCCAGAUAGUUCACCUCUGACAUCAAAUUAUUGAUGGUGCAGAAGCCAAGAUCAGUUGUGGUCGCUGGCAAAGAUUUUGAGACCUCCCCUACUGACUUUGUAUGUCCAGCUUGAGACUACUUAAGGGUGCUGAUUUUCACAAAGUGCUUAGCUCCCCGCCCUCUAAACAUCAGCCUUCUUUAAAGGCACUCAGGUUGGAUAACAAAAAAUGGAGGCAUCCCAAACCACUAGUCACUUUUGAAAAUGUUGGCCAAAGCUGCGCUUUUCUUGGGAUGAGGCUGUGUGAGACCGGUGCAGCUAGCAAUGUGAGCUCCUUCAGAUGUGGUGAGGGGGAACAUAGCUAUGAUCCACCCCUCACUUCAGCAUGGGAAGUGAAUGCAUGCUACCACCAUCCCCUAUCCAUCCUCUGUCUCCCUCUUCUAAAGGUGUGAGUGAAAGUCUCCCUCAUGCAGAAGGCCAGCACAAGACCUAGUAAGCCCAGCUUAAACCAUGAAAAUAGGGCUUGAGUGGACUUUAAGUGUUGGCUCUCUGCACAUGGGUGAACUGAACUUCACCCUUUAGACAGUGUUUUGCCUCCAUGAGGCAAUAUGUCUGAGCUCUUGAUGGGGCCCACUCUGUUCCACGCUGCCAUGGGCCAUUCAUAUGCAGGGUUGUAUUGUGCCUUACAGGAAACACAAAGCAUUCCUAUGUCUAUAAAGUUCAGCAAGAGUCUGCUCUGAGUCACCCAGAUGUGAAUCCUUUUUUUUUUUAAACCAGACACACAGAAUGUGGCCUGACCUUUAUUAAAUAAAUAGAGAACAUUUUAAAAGAACGGUGGAGUUGCCUGCCACUGACCCUACUUUGAAUUCAGGAGCUUGAUAUAUAUAUAUAUACAUACACACCAGUCUAUGGCAUAGAAAGUUAGCCUCACUUUUAAAAGCACAAAACUUGAGGAUCAAAGAGAAAAGUCAGGCUUAAUAUUGAACAUCCUUGCUGUUUUAUUUGUGUGGCAAACUGAACAUGCCUUAAAUGUCAUUUUUGUGUGUGACGUCUUUAAACUUUGUAUCGACAAUCUUUGUACAGCCAGCCCUUUUAAGGUGAAAGCUUUAUCAGACAUUUACAAAUAAAAGUGUGAUGUCAUUUUCAAGCAGUGGGAAAAUAAGCUAAUUAAAGAUAUUGGAAGGAGAAAAAA